UUUCUACUGUCAGUCUUGCAGAGAUUUGUUCCGGUACUUUGCUACACAUAAUGCACAGCAAGUACCGGAACAAAUCUCUGUUUACUUUAAAUGUUUACAACAGUGACAGCCUGGUUUGUGACCUCCUUGUAGCAGGUUGUAGUGGUUAACACUUUAAUGUUUCGCACAUUCGAGUUAUUCCUAUCUGGAAAGUAGGAAAUGUUCGUGUUUAAAUUCGUAUAAUAGAGAACGCAGAAAGUAGAACCCAUUUUAUUCAUAAUUAGGAAGUGCACUAGCUCUUGUUAUGGAUUUUUCAUUUCUUUCAAAAUCUGAUGAAAUUAUUGGUUAGCAGAGCGUGCUACUUUGUAUACAACUGACUAAUGUUGUUUUGAAAAUAAAUAGCAGUAUAUGUACCUGUGGACAUUUAAAUUUGUUGUUACAUAAGCCAAUUAUGUAAUAACUUGUAAGAUUGCAGAACAGAACACAUGAUAUUGGACGUGGUGGAUAUUAUGACACAUUUGCCAAAUGUUAGACUUUAUACCCCUGGACACCCAUAAGGUUUAUAGUUUGUGUUUGUGACAGAAAUAUAAAGAAAGUGAAAACACAUUCUUCAUGUAUAAAUUAACAUGACUUUACCUAGCAAAAUUCAACAACUGUGGGAACUUUUUGUUCAAGCAGAGCAUUCAUCAUAUGAGAAACAAGCAUGGUUGGACAUUUUUCUGGCAGAAUUCUUGGCUCAGAUGAAAGAAGGCAAAUGUUGUGAAGAGAUAUUGUCAUUUUGUGCAUCUGGGGGCAUAGCAACUUUGAUUGGAUGUGAGUUACUAUCUGAUGUGCACAAAAUCUGCUCAUUACCUGGUGAUGGAGAAGAUUUAUCUGUCUUGCGCAAACACUUUCUGCAGGGACGUGGUUGGCGCAGUUUGGCAGCACUGCAGUAUCUUGGGGUUCAGAACCUGUCAUGUGGACGGGAAUUGGCAAGCCUGCUUAUUUCUCUCUAUCCUAUGUGUCUUCAGAAACUGGGCCCGGAUCAGAAAGAUAACAUGAUAGUGGAAAACACUUUUAUUACAUUUUCCAAGGAUUCUUGUAGCAUGGAAGAUAUCCCCAGGAUAAGAACUCCUCCAAAGACAAAGGCUGUUCGUAUGGUGCAACAAACCUUGUGCCCUCCGGUAAGAGCCGAAUUCAUGCGAAGUCACAGUAACACGUCGACCAAGACAAACCGAUCUGGUCGUCGUAUUAGGACGCCGGUGAAAGGUGGUACAUCACCGGUAGUAACAGUUGGUGGCGUAAGUGGAGAUACAACAGACGCUACUAGUGAUUGUGAGCAUUUUCCUGGAGCUGAGAACUAUCUGGAUCAGCUGAACAAAUCGAGCACCACGCUUAGGAUCUAUCUGGACCCAAUGGACUUUGACUACUUUACAUCAGUGGUACGAAGUGAAGAUGAAUCUAGACUGGACAGACCUGACUAUGCCCCCAGUAGAAGACGUCUUCCUGGAGGAAGAAGUGACAGAAUUCCAGAUUCCAGAAGGUCUCUUAGUCCAACUGACUUUGAGGAUUCAAGGAUUAAAGAAGUUUUAUCUUCAGAGAUUCACAGUUAUGAGUUUUUUCGUCUCGUGGUUGACUUGCUGAGGAGCCUGUGUGGGGCAGAGCUAAAUAGCAUCUCUAUAGUGACAGCCAAUGGACAACACAUUUCCCUGCAGGCUGUUAACUUUGCUCUGGAGAACUUAUGUGCGCUGCAGUUCGGAGGCAGCGCAAACGUCAGUCUAGUCGCAACACAAGUUGCUGAGCUGAAGGCGGCGAUGACUCGUCUCCUGCUCACAGCGUUAGAAAAGGUUUUAUUACACCCCGAUGCAACUACGACCGCUAUCCGCAAUGGUUUGUUGCCUGUAAUGCUGAAGGUGUUGGAAGAUGCUGUUAGAAAAAUAGAUGUUGCGAAACCAGACUCAGAGGAAACGUGUUUUGAUAAUCUGCAGACUAUUAAUAAUUUACUGCAAGAAUUUGUGUUUGGGACGGCGUAUGGCAUCCUCAUCUUUCUGUACUGUCUUCUGUUGCAACGUUCAACUGUCGACAAGUUUCAAGACUUCCUGCAAUUGUUCCAGUUAUUUGCAGAGAGCCACGGAGGACGACUUGUUGAAAAGACUGUCGUUUCUCUGCUCUCUCUGUCCAAUGUAGAAGCAAAGUUAUCUACGUCCAGAGCAAAGAAGGUGAUUGACCUGGUUGGUCAACUUGUUAUUGCCCUGAAGAAGGUCCGUGGCGAGAUCAUUCAUUCUCAUGAUUGCCGGCGAGCCAGACACAAACGAUGCAUGAAUCAAGCCUCAGGUGGACUGCAGCAUCAUUAUGACUUACUCGGUGGACCAUUUAGCCCCACUUUGGUUGGCCCUCGACAACCCACGUGUUCUGUUGCGUCUCUCUUCAUGGUUCUAGUUCGUAUCCUGACGGGGUCUAGUUCGACACUGAACAUCCGCCCACAUGUUCUGCGAGUGAUGACCUUGUGUGGGACAUGCUGCUGUUUUCCACCCAGAAGCCUCAUCAGUCCAUUGAUAGAUUUAUUUAAAAAUGGUACCAGUGGUAAAGUUAGAAUACUGGGUUUUGCUUUAUUGGAAAGAACCAUCUAUUUGGAACUGGGUGCCAUCUCCAGUCAGGAGUCUGCCAUUUCUUGUGUUUUCUGCAAUGGAAAUAUUAUCUCAAAAUCAACUUUCUCUCCUAAGGCUGAAUAUUCAGCAGAGGAAUUGCAUUGUGAAAGAGUUGUUCAAAGAAAAAAUGAUCAUUGUUCAUCAGAUGGCAAAAGUUCUACAUGUAUAGACACGGAAAAAAUUGACACUGAAGUGGAAACGGUGUCAAAGAGCCGUUGGGAAUGUUUAGAACUGUAUCGUGAACUUGUGCAGUCUUCUGACACCAAAGUAAGCCAUACCAUCAUAUCCCAUCUUCUCAAAGUUGCGCCACGUUUCAUUCCUUCUGUUAAGCAUCGUUUACUGUUUAAAGUCUUCUACCCUAUUUUCAUUGCUGCCAAAACACAUUUGUUUGAAUCCCCCACUUCUAAUGACAAAAUCUCAAAUGCCAAAUUUAAAAUCUUUUAUUGUCUGUCUGCAUUCUCUUCCAUAUUGUCUGGAAAUACCGCGUUUGCCGAAGAGUUUGUCGUGCAGUACGACGGGCUGGAUCACAUUAUGCAACUUAUAUCUUUGCCGUCAUUCGCCAAGCUCUGUUGUUCCAUUCUAGAAGUCACAUCUGUCGUUGAGAUUUGGAAACUGGAGUUUGAAUCUGGGGACACCGGGAAUGACAUAGGGAAGUUGCCCUCGUUGCAUGUGCUUCAAGAAGCUGUUCAGUCAGCCACUACUCGCAUUUUGUCCGCUCUUGGCAUUAAUAAUCCAAUAAAAUAUCCACACGGAACUAAUACAGAGUCUAGUUGCCAUGAUUCAGUAGGAAAUGUUCUGGAUAGUAAGAAGACUGACGAAGUAAAUGAAAUAAUGCCGAUAAAUGAAGAAGAUAAGAUUUUACUGGAGAAUAUCCGUCUUGAAGUCAAGGACAGAUGUAAUAUGUGUGACGCAGCUGACAGACAGAACAGGGAAAGUUACAUGCAGUUACUAUCAAUUGUGUGCAUAUUCUGGCGAACGUGUGCCAACCUUGUACUAUGCAGUCCGCAGUACAGAGACCAUUUCUCACAAAAUCAACUUGCUCAGGAUGGAUUUGUACUUCUUCAGGUCUUGCUUGAUAGAGUGACAUCCAAGCAGCAACCAGGUAUGAAAGUGGAAGACUGUCCGAUUGCAAGCCACUCAGAAAGUCACUUGUGCAUCAAAGUGAUUGAAUACACGCUCAUUGUAAUCCUGACAGCGCCACCGGUUCUCAGUGAAACAGGUGUGCCAGUGAGCAAUGAAUCUGUGGUGGAAUGUCUGCAGAGAGCUCUGCUCAGUGUGGAUGUAGACCGCAGUGUUAACAUGCGACAGCUGUGCGAUGUGUUGCUCAGAUGUGCUGUCGCAAAGGGGUGCCACGAACAAACGUUACCUCUCAACAAGAAGCCGAAGUUUCCUUCGCCGUUGGCUGGUGUUGGCGGUGGUGCCGCGUGGGAUGAGGGUAUGUCCGAAGGCGAAGACGAGGAUGAAGCCGAGGCAGGGGAUGGAAGUGAGGGGGGAAGUGAGGCGUAUGUGACAGCAGACGAAGGUUAUGAGGCAGAUGUAGAAGUUCUGGAAGUUUCUGGUACAAGUGUGACCAACUGUGUAAGCGUCGGUGAUAUCGGAGAAGAAUCAAGUAGUUCAAUUGCCACCACGACCGCUCUGGCAACUCCCGUCUCUGUAACGCCCGGCGUAUUGAAUCUGGUUCGAGUUCCUCAUGACAUUGCACAUCCUUCACUCUGUCUUCUGGCUGUAGAACUUCUUGUUCAUCUCAACAGAAGGUAUUACGACAUGCCAGUUGAAGCCGCGGCUUCGUACCCUGAUCGACCAGCCGAGUCAACACAUCUUCAGGGCUUGGUUCACUGUUUGCAGCGGCUCGUUGCUUUAUGUCGUGAUAAUGUACACAACUGCCUUCUGCUGGCAAACAGUGAUCUCAUGAUGAAGUUACUCAAAGGGUUCACUCCCAUCCUGUCUGUCAGCGAAACUAAAUUCAGUGAGUUGCAGCGGAUCACCCUGGAGCUUGUGACACUCCUUGCUUGCUACAACAUCAGUCCCAAAGAGCUGUCCUUGUAUCUUAACAUUUUUAAGUCAGAACAUCCUCCACUGGGACCUCUGUUGACGGCGCUUACUACUCUCGUAACUAGUAGCCGUGCACAACCGAACUACAUUCUGUGCUUCCCGGCAACAGCAGAAGCAUAUGUUCCUGCACCCAACAACAGAACGUCAGGAUCAAACAGUCCUACUUCUGAUAGUCCCACAGGAGAUGGUAACGGAGCUGGAAACCUGGCUAGAACACUUCAUCAGCAGCAUAGAAGAGCAGGUGUAAGGUCUUCGUGGUCUCAGUGUGCUUUGUCACUUCCCUUAAACGCAGACUUGGGAUGGUCACUGUGGCUUCAGGGUUUCUCCCUCUCGUUGUGGUUACGAAUGGAACACGGAAACAGUGGCGUGGCUCCUGACCUGACUCGAACAGCCUCAUUUUCUGCUGUCUCAGACAGUAGUUCUGUAUCAGAUUGGGGUGUUACUUCUGAUGGUACUAAAGAUCACGUUUACCAUGGAGCAGUUGGUGCGUCUGCAGUUCGAGUAAAGCCAGUCACUAAGGAGUCAACAUUUCAUAUAUUUUCUAUUGGUUAUGAAGCACUUGUUUUGGAAGCCUGGUUGGAUACUAGUGUUGGUACGGUAACACUGAAACUGACUCGAUCAGACCCUCGAGCAUGCGAGAUUUUAUCGGAAGCAGCAGUCGAGGGACUUCUGAGUGCAGGACAGUGGCAUCAUUUAGCUGUUAAUGUCUGUGACUACAUGCGUGCUAGGAAGACUGUUAUCGAGGUUACCCUAAUUAUGGAUGGUUGGCAGGAAGCAAAAGUCCUGCUUCCGUUCACCGGCCUCCUGGUUCGAAGAACUCGAGCUACGUGUCUGCUGCUGGGUCAUUCCAUAGGCGCAUUGGAUUCAGAAUGUUGUUCUGGGUCCUGGUAUCUGGGUAGUGUUAUGGUGUUCAGGAGCCCUGUAUUUACCAAGCAGCGGGCUGUGUACCUGGUGGGACUGGGCCCCAACUACACUAACCUGACUGACUGUGCUGACGUAGAUAAGCUCAGUCCCAAUUUUACAUCUGUGUUUGGACCCAAGACAUUGUUCUGUGGCAUUGACUGGGAUGCCGUUCUCGACGGGAACAAGGGAAAUCUGAAAGAACUGCAGGAUAAUUUACUCCUGAUUUACUGUGCCCAGAAUCCUAAGGUGGUCAGUGUUUAUCCGCAAGUGGUAACUAAUCCUGGAGGAGUAGUUGGUUCUCUUUUCCCGGGGCAACCGGGGUUUCGUGUGGUGACUUUAGAUCAGCGAGCCAGUCAGCAGUUGCCUCUGUCGUUAAGUCCUACGCUGCUGGCGCCGCUCAACUCCCGCCGCUACCAGGGCCUAGUAGCUGCUGCAUCCAUCUUGGGUGGCACACCCGUGUUUCUUUUCCUCUUUGCUAGGGUGGUUGAGCUGAAGGUUUCUCAAGAGUACCAGGCUCGCACGCUGUUUCUUUUGCUGAAGCUUGUUCAGAGUGACAGUGAGUUGUUCUCGCAGUUUGUGAACCAGGACUGCCACAAACUACUCCUUAAAGUUCUGCAGUCACCAAGAUGUGUAGCUGGACAUCACAUGCUCAAGGCUGUUCUGGACACCUGCUGUGACAAACCUGUCCUCCAGUACCAGCCAGGUCCUCGUCGGUUCCACAUAGCAACUCGUUCUGAUGCAGUUAUUGUCAAUUCGUUUUUGUUGACAACUAUAGUUGGUUCAUGGCGUGACUGGGAACGUGCUGCCAAUAAGGAAGAAGAUUGUACCUUUGAUGAGGAAGGCGGCGGCGUUCUGGGCACGUUGUUCCGAACGCUGCACGUUCUGUUGCGGGAUGACCAUCCAUAUCGUGAAUUUAAUGCUGCCCAGUUGAAUCGUGUGCGAAUGGUGGAAGCUCUUCUUCUCUUUUGCAAGGAACGAUUUCUGUACGAAGAGACAAUUCAGCUCCAUAUAUCUGUUUGCUGUUCGCUGGUGGAACUGAUCCGUUCAUUAAUGGGUGCGCCACCGGAGUUCUCUCACAUCGUGGCAGUUACUGACUUCCUCGUCCUGUUGCAUCGGGCAAGCGCCACCUACAUUACGCAUUUGCGGUCCAGUUUCUACUUUCUUCUUUCUCCAACACCUCCAAACAACCCUCUUAAUCUCAGUGGAACUGGCAGUGCCCUCAGUACCAAGCCUGGACCAUCACCAAGACCUGUUGCUCACGGAAAGACAGGUGGCAACCGUGCAGCUAAAUCAAAAUCUGGAAGGAAGGGUUCAAAAGAUACGAAAGAGAUUGACUUUGCUCAGCCUGUGGAUCCUCAGAAAUUAAAUAAGGCUUUAACAAAUUUGCAGAUUAAACAAAACUCUCUAGAUGGUGGAAAUGUAGAUUCUCAGUUUACAGCUGAAAAUAUACAAAGUGUGGUUGAAGUAGCAUCAACACAGCUUGUUGACAGCAACCGAGCUGCAGACAAUGUUGACUCUGGAAUCGCAGGAAGUUACCGAGAAACCAAUAGUGACAUAGGAAGUUUGGAAGGCCACAGGAAGGCUGGCAGCUGCACAGACACUGCUGACAAAUUAAUAGCUUGUGCAGAGCAGACAACAUUCUUCUCACCCACUACGGACAGAGGAGGGGAAGGGGGGUUAACUUUCAAGGAGACCGGGGGGUCAGAGGAGGAAAAAGAGAAGUUUACUACUGAAACAGGGAUGAAAGAACCUGCAGUUAGCCCAUGGCGCGAUGGUGAACUUACUGAAGACGCACAAGAAAUGAUGAAAGAUGCUGAACCAUACGUUGCUGUUGGUGAAGGAGAGAAAGGACUUGUGGUGGAAGGACUCCUUCUGUUACUUCGUGACACACUUUUAAUUCUCCCUGACAACAUGGCUCAUCAGGUCUUGAAUCACGUGGUUAAGGCUGAAUUCCUGCUCGUCAUGGCGAAUCAUUCUGAUUCCCGUGUUCGUAUGGCUGUUGUUAAGGUGCUGUCAGCAUACUUACAGCGCUCGACUGAUGAGGAAAUUAACAAGUUCCUUAAAUUGAAGGGUUUCCAUCAGCUGGCAAAUCAGCUAAGCUUGUUUCCUGCAUCGCUGGAGCUGGUUGAAGCUUGUGUGUCGCUGGUGACACGCUGCAAUGUAGCGCUGGAAGAACAGACUGAGGUGCCAUCUCUGUCUGAGCUCUCAUUCCUACAACUCAACAGCUUUCCACCCCUGCUGGCUCUGCUCCCCAGAGCUGUUCACGAUGUCGCUCUUACUCAUAAUAUGAUUCUCUUCCUGCGGGAUGUGUUUGCUAAGGUACCAGAGUCGUUUCGCCCGUUGCUGGACUGUGGCCUUUUGGAAGUUUUAGCUCGCACGGUAGUUGCAGUGGCACACCAAGCCCCUCAGACCACUGACUUAUGUGGAAUUUCAGAACAGGACAUUCUAUUUGGUGACAUACACGUGUUCUUGGUGACACUCUCAGCUCAUGUUCUGCACACUCCUGGUGCUCACCACAUGCAGGUACUUAAAGACAUUCAACUACAGCUUAGCUAUUUGGAGAAGGUUGAGCGUAUCACAUGUGGUACACGUGGUCGCUGUGUGCGUGCACUUAGAGAGGCUCAGUGUGUUCUGUUAGAAGGAGAAUUGGAUGUCAUUCAGGACAUGAUAACAUUUUUGCAGCAACCAUCUGGCACAAAGCUCAUUAAUACCACCACCUUCCUGACAUCAGUACUUUCGACAAGUUACGAUGCUGAACAGACAUUAGGUGGUAGUUUGGAAUUGCAGGGUUUUACAAAUUGUGGCUCAAAUCCUGUCAAAUCAAGUUUCCAGAGUUCAGCUUGUAAUGGGAAGUACGGCGGUGGUAAUGGGCUAAUCAGCGCAAUAAGAGAAGUUCCAAGAGGAGAAAUCAAUGACCGCUUCAAAACAGUGAUCGCAAACUCUGUUGAUUUUCUUAUUAAUGUAGAACAGACAGAUGGAUGCAAUAUGCCAGGUUGCAGUGUGGAACUGAGCUAUGCUCGUCGACUAUUUGCCACAGUAUUGCAAGGUCUGAGCUCGGUUCUUGAGAAACGAAGCACAGGUCAGCGCGGCACUUGGGUUGCUGUCAUGUGGGCUGUACGAGACCUGCUGAGAAUACAGGCAGCACAUCUUCUGGUGUGGCUGCUGUCACCAUACCAACCUGUUAAAAUAAGAACCUUUGUUGUGCACACGCUCCGUACCGAGUCUCAGUGCAAGGAACUGCUGUCCAACAUUCUGCAUACACAUGCACAGAAUGAACAGAAGUUCACAGUGUUUCUGUGGGACUUGCUCCAUAGAUGUUCUGGCCAGAUGUCGGGUUCUGACUUACGGGCUUGCCAAGACUUCAGCCAGCAGUUACAGUCCUGGGGUAUUACAAACCUUAUUUCUGGUGACCUUUGGGAGGAUGAGCUGAGGAUGUUACUAGCAGACAUGGACAAGCAGCGUCAACAGUACGAGAAACAGAAUGAGGGAGCUACUCAUCGGAGUGUGUUCAAGUUUGAAGGACUAAUGAAGACUGUUGCUGAAGCUGCCAUGAGCAUCACUCGUACCGUCGUGGAUGCACAAAAUGGUGAGCGUAAAGCGUUCAUGGAACACAUAAAGCAAGCGUACAGCGAGAAUGUGCAGAUUCGCAUCAAGUGGCAGAAGAUCAUUCAGCAGUUAUCGCACGAACGAGCUGUGUGGUUCUUUCCAGAUUCAUAUCCAAAAUCCUGGCAGUUGGAUGCCACAGAAGGACCUGCCAGAGUCAGGAACAGGUUGCAGAGGUGUCAUCUGAAUAUUGGCAGAAAAUACUUGAUGCCAGGAGCCCAGCGCAAGUUAGAUGCAGUGAAGAAUCCAGACCCAUUGUCGUACCUCUUUGAACAAGAUAAGAAAUCGUCGACAUCCUCUGUCCUCAUAGAACGCCUUCACACAAAUGAGAAGAUUCAGCACAUGUGCACAGCGAAGGUAAUCACACCUGCUAACGAGGUGCCAGGUGAGCUCCUGAUUGGCGAAAGCUGCCUCUACUUCGUGGCUGACGACAGUAUGCUGGAAACUGAUCUUGCUGAGGUGACGGCUGGAAGUUUGGAUGUAUCUUCCACUGCAUGGCCAUUUGAAAAUGUAAAGGAAAUACACAAUCGGCGCUUUCAGCUCCAAGAGAGGGGACUUGAAAUAUUUCUGCUGAGUGGAAAAACCUAUCUUGUGGCUUUCCAGUCAUCUAAAGAACGUGACAGUUUUGCUUGGGAACUGUCUCAGUGCCAGCUGCCAAAUCGGGUUACGGGUGACAACUUGAGUGACACGGUUCAGCUGUGGCGGGAAGGACUGCUCACAAACUGGGAAUAUCUCACACAGCUGAACAAGAUGGCUGGUCGUUCAUAUAACGAUCUAAUGCAGUAUCCUGUAUUUCCUUUUGUAAUUUCUGAUUACACUAGUCAAAUACUUGACCUUACUGAUCCGCAGGCAUACAGGAACUUCAAGAAGCCAAUGGCAGUCCAAGACAAGAAGAAUGAACAGCAUUAUAUCAACAAUUAUAAUUAUUUGAAACAGGAGCUUAUGGAAGGUCUCCAUCUGGUGGCUCUUAACCAGGAGCCAUACCACUAUGGCUCCCAUUAUUCCAAUUCAGGGACGAUACUCCACUUCUUGGUUCGUCUUCCACCCUUCACACGAAUGUUCCUCACUUACCAAGAUGAUAACUUUGAUAUUCCUGAUCGAACAUUUCAUUCUUUACAUACAACAUGGCGACUUACGAGCUCAGAUUCAACCACUGAUGUGAAAGAACUCAUUCCAGAGUUCUUCUUCCUACCGGAGUUCUUGCGGAAUUCGGAAGAUUUCAAUUUUGGAGUUCGUCAAAGUGGAGAGCGAGUAAACGAUGUUGAAUUGCCUCCGUGGAGCCAUGGUGAUGCCAGACGAUUUGUAUUAAUUCACCGUCAGGCACUUGAGUCGGCACAUGCCCGUGAAAACUUGCCUCUCUGGAUUGAUCUUGUCUUUGGAUACAAACAAACCGGCAAAGCAGCUGUUGAAGCCAUCAAUGUGUUUCACCCAGCGACGUACUGUGGUUUUGAUGUGGAGAAGAUACGUGACCCUUUGGAGAGGAAAGCAUGGAAAACGAUGGUACGAACUUAUGGACAAACCCCACGACAGCUGUUUCGUUCAGCUCAUCCAAUGGUGGUCCAGUCAUUGUCUUCCCGGACAUUGUCUUCAUCUGUGAGAGAAGUAGUUCCUGGUGUGAAAGGUUUGCUGUGGGGAAGUUAUGUCGGCUCCCUCGCCGACGCAGAUCCUGUAGUAGUGUGGAAGCACCAGCAUCGCACUCCAGUUGCCAGCCUUGUUCCUUUGCUAACUAAUGAUGUGUUUGGUCUAGCUCCACAGACGUCCAUUCUACUUAAGUACAGCAAAGAAAAGGGACUCAGCAUGGUAAAUGGUACCUCAGUGCUGGGGGCAGCGCUGGUAACAUGGGGUCACGCGGAUGGCGUUGUCAGAGUCAAGCUGAAGAAGGAGCAACCCCCAUGGCCUAUCGUGAAGUCGCCUGGCCUUGAUCCGAUCUGUACGUGUGCAAGUGUACCUGAUUGCAGUCAACUGUGGAUGGGACAUUGGUCGGGGAAACUGGCUGUAUAUGAAUAUAAGUUUAUGCCUGCCAGGGGUCAUCUGGAAUUCAAUAGUCAACCAGUGACACUUCUUGGGCAUGAAGGACCUAUUCAAAAUAUCUACAUCUGUUGUAGUUUCAGCAUUGUAGUUUCUGGAAGUCAAGAUGGAUCUGCAAUUAUCUGGGAUCUCAACAAUUUGUCAUAUGUGCGCUGCAUUUCUGGCAACAACAUGACAAUGCCAGUGAAUAUCGUGUCUGUGAGUGAGACCCUUGGGGACAUCGCGACAGUUAGCAGCGCUAAUUCUGGCAGUCUGGAUUCAGCAACAGGGGGCAGUUUGUUACGGUUGCAUUCCGUCAACGCAGUGCCGAUCGGGACUGUCUCUAUGGCAGAGUCUAUAACAGCGCUCUGUUUCUCUGGUGCACCAGAGGGUGUAUCUGUGAAUGUCAUAGCAGCCGGCUUAGCCACUGGAGCCAUUAGACUUUGGAGCACGUGGGAUCUGUCUCCAGUCCGAGAAAUUUCUACAAGUUUUAUUGCGCGUCCGAUCAUCAGUCUGACUUAUUCCCAGGAUGCACAGCAUCUGUACGCGUCAGCGGCGGAUGGGAGCGUCGUCAUCUGGGAAGGGGGAGGAGGUACAGGGUCAAAGGGCAUCAGCAAGACACCCAAGUUCCUCAAUCUCACAUCUUUGUGAGGCACAUUAAAUUAGUGCAAGAGCAGGAUUCAUCAAGAUGAUGUUUGUUCUUUAGAUCUGGAAUUCAGGAAUAUCAGUUAUAUAUAAUUAAUUUUACAAUUUGGAGUACAACCUAUGUUUUCUGUUAUUAUGUUCAGCUACUGUAACUUUUGUUAUCAGUCAUACAUUUUAUCAACAGCUUCCAUAUCCUAGAGACCAUCAGACUCCAUUUUUGAAAAUCUCAGUAUGUAUUUAUGCCACAGAUAUUUUAGUUUCCAAAGAUUUUUAAAGAUAAUAAUAUAGUAUAUUACAACAGCUCGAAGGUUUGAAAAGAUGAACUAAUACUUGGAUAUUCUCAUCUUCUGUGUGACUGAGGUUAUCUUGCAGAAUACUGAACCAUACCUAGUCUCUCCCUUACUGAUAAUAUGAGCACUUGCCUACGAGUUGUUUGAGUAAAAAGCAAAUGCGCUUGUGUUAUAGUGAGAUACCAGUGCUGAGAACACAGAGGUAUGAUACGACUGGAAAAUGAUAAUGACAAGUUGUAACUACGAAGAAAACAUCUUUUAUUAGUCUGUAAAAUACUUUCAUUGACUAACUUCAUGUAGCAAAGUUCUUCCUGAUUGGUUACUCACUUGUUAAAGGUAUUUCCCACCUCCCUGUUCACAACAGCCCACCAAUUCAGUGUUACAUUUUGUAAUAUACUAGUCUUUUAGGGUCAGGGAUUGUCAGGCUCCCAUUGAAUCUUGAGGACCUCCCCUUGUCAGCUGUCCAUCACUGCGUAUUCAGUAUAUUUACAACUGCCUCACAUGUGUGGAGAUCAUGCCUCAGUCUGCAGCCUGAGAACAUGCCGUGUUGACAAGGAACACGCUUAACGUCGUUAUAACUUCGCUGCACGCAUUUACGUGUGGAUGUGUUUCUCACAUCUGACAGAGUUGUGUUCUUCAACUGGAUUUAUGAAACGGAUGUUAUCAUUUGUGGCAUUUUCGUGUUUGGAUUCUUUGGAGAAGAUGGUCUAUACAGAUUUUUUUUUUUUUUUGUGAAAUCAGAUUUUUUAGUGCUCGUUAUAGAUGAGGUUUCCUUUAUGAUUUGUUUUGAUGACAGUUCUAAUUUUUCUUUUAUGUUCUUGUGGGUUGUGCCACUGUAUAGUGUUAAUAUUUGUCCCCUUUGGAAUACAAAUUGGGAAAGAAGUUUCUUCUAAUAUAUAUAUAGUUGACAGGAUAUCUCAGUGAUUCUAGCGACUAGGCUGUGGGCUAGAUUACCAGGAUUUAGUUCUUAUCAGGGAUCAUCCAGAAUAUCCAGACAAGUUCUGGGACUCACCCAGUCUCCUACCCAAUGAGGAUUGAGAUUCUUUCCUUGGCAACCAGAGCGUGAAGCCAGCCGCUCACCUCGACCUGGUUCUGAAGUUUAGAAUGGAUGGAGCUGUUCCUGUUUAGCUAAGCACCAGGCACAACUUUACCUCAUCUUUGAAACAGUUAUAGUACAUUUCUAAAGCAGUCCAAUGAUUAAGACCCAUUAUAUAUUGUGUAAUAUCAGCAUCAAAUCGUUGAUUAAACUUAAUAUGAUCGUGGCAAGUUUUUUGUUUGUGGAUUCGGGUAGGUGACAUUUGUAUCGAAAAACAACUGGUCAAUUGGAUAGUAUAUACAAGCGUAAUAGUGAGAUGAUCCGGAAAUGAAUUCCUUUUUUUUUACCAAAAAAAUUAAAACUGAAAAAAUCAGAAUUAUAAUGAGGCAUCAGAGAACAGGAGAGAACUUUGCCACCGCCUAAGUGAUGUAUGUUUUAUUUUUGCUACCUUAUAUAAUGGACAUGUUGAAUAGAGACUCAUUGCAUCACAGAAGUUGAAAGUUAUAUCCAUGCUCUUUAAUCAGAGAUAGUUAAAUGGUUGUGAGAUUUAAGGUUUUCAUGGCAGUAACAAUGAUGAUGAUCUUCUGGAUUUUGGUACCUUGUGGACUGAUCAGGAGAUGGCAACAUUUCAGAGAAACAUACUGUUUCCAUCUUCAAGGUUGGUUUGUAUCAAGACACUGAACUGCUAGGCAUUUGUUCACAAGAUGGAUUACAUAUCAAAAUCGUACAGCUUCAUGUGUCAAUGAACAUUUAUCAUAUGGUUACAGGGAUUUAAGCCCUUGAACCAAGGGGCUGCUAGCUUCAUUUAUGUAUAGGAUUUAAUCGCCUAGCGAUAUGAUACUGUGAUGCACAGUUGAUAAAUGUUAAAAUGAAAGGAGUUUAGUCUCAUUCAAAAAUUAUGUACAGAUCUACAACACUUCCUCUUGAACGUAUGAGUCCCAGGAGAUUGUACAAAGUUCAUUACAGAACAGUAAAUCCAACAAUUUUUUGGUGGGUGUCGUGCAAAUCAUCUGAAAAAUGAAUCAGAGAUUCAUCCUCCAAACGUGCAGAGGUGUCUCUUAAAUUACUGUAGUUGUGUUGUAUCUUUAUUCCCAUUUAAACUGAUAGAACCUAUUCAUUUCACCAAUUUGCUAUUGCGUGCUUUUAAAUGUAAAUAAAAGUGGAAGGCUGCGGUGAUGGUAACAGCAGUGGAUGGCAUGCGUCAGUUGAUUUAGUUUGCUAUAUAUACACACGUUUCAUAAUCAUGACAUGUUGAACAAGGUAAGGUGUUAGAUACUUUACCUUUAAAUGUAUUUUAUAUUUGAGUUACAUGAUUCAGAUGAUGAUUUUGAGAAGUACAUAAAAAUAUGUUUUUGGUUUAGAUGCACAGAUGAACAGAUACAGCUUAGAUCAAGCAUUUAAUUUUACUUUAAGUGAUUUUUUAAUGUAAAUAUUGUAGAGCUGGGGUAUCCAAGUCAGUAUAGUGACUAGCUACGGGCUGGAUGACGGGUUCGAUCCGUGUUGGGGGCGGAGGAUUUUCCCUAAAGCUUCUGUGUCCAGACUGGCUCUAGGGCCUGCCCAGCCUCCUGUCCAAUGGGUACCGGGGUCCUAUCCCAGGGGUAAAGCGUGGCCGUGGCAUGAUGCUGACUGCUCACCCCCAACUAGUGCCGAGGUCAAGAAUGAGCAGGAGCUAUACCACCUCCCCCCCCCAAAAAAAGAAAAAAGAAAAAAAAGAAACCUACAUGGCAUGUAGCAGGACUGCUUUACUCUUAUGUAAAUAUUGUUUUCUGAACCACUUUCAGGGUAUAAAGUGUUGAUUAGUAGAAAUUUAUUAAGAAAUGUAGACAAAAUAGGUGCAAAUAUUUCCAAUUCAUUUCCUGCUCCAUUAUCAGAAUCAAUGCAGAAAAGGUGGUUAGGAAAUAAAUAAACAUUGCUUACUGCACUUGGCUGUCAUUACGUGAAAUCUCAUGUUCUCGGUGGCAAAUAUGGAGAUGGCUGUCUUCUGGUAUAAGUUUACUGACAUCUCAGAAGUGCUUGCUGGUUCCGUUAUUGUCCUGAUGUUGGAGGCAGUAGGCACCUCUGAGGUAUCAAUGAACUUCUGUCAUACCGCACAGUAUAACAAUUCAGAAGACGACCAUCUUCUCGAUUGUCACUUUUGAUCUUCAAGUCAGGACUUGCAAAACAUUGAAAUGAAGUUGUUAACUAAUCUUAUUCCUGAAUUCUAGUAAAGUUUCCACCAGGUGUCUAAACACCAUACAUUAUGUAACAUGAAGAUCAGAAGCUAGUCGCUUGGUAUGUCCAGCUUCGUAAGACUACAGUAAAACAAUUAUGCAAUUAUGAGUUGGUUCUGUUAUAUGAAAAUAUCAAAUUCAGUAUUUCUGUGCAUUUGCUGUUAUAGAUGUCUUAUGUAACCAGUAAAAUAUUAGUUUUUGACAAACAUAUGCAUGUUCUACCCACAAGUAGUUUAAGUUUAUUAGGUUUCAAAUGCAAGCACUCGGAACAGACGUGUUUGAAUUACGUUAUUAAAUAAAUUUAGCUUCUUACAUAUUCUGAAUAGAACAAAGCUUACAUACAUAAUGUUUUAUUAAAAUGUUUUUGUCAUCGCUAUUGCAUAAUUCAGUGCAAUAUAAAGUCUCGAACAUGUUUCAUUGUUGUUAAUCAGAAGAGGUUGUUAGUUACAAAUUACAUUUAGAUAUUAAAAUUUGAGAUUAGUGUAAUAUGAAAAUACAAAAGUCUAUAAAGAUUUAUCAGAAACCUAAAUAAAUGUCAAGAUAAGUAAUAUUAAUAUUUUAAAGUUGAUAUCAUGAUUUUAAAUUCAAAUGAGGAUAUUAAUGGUUUAUUACAUAUAGUGUUUAAAAAAUCUGUGUUAAGAAAUUUGUAUAUUAAGUAUCAUUUUGCAUUUUUAUGAUUUGAACUCUAAUAUUGUGGCAUUUCAUGUUGUGAACAAACUGCAGUCAAACCUGCCAUAUAUUGUGUCAUCUCAAUUAAAAGGGUAAUUAUCUUCCCAAUAAUUUUAUAUUAGUUCAUCUUUUGUACAGAUUUUUAUUGUUCUAUGAUUAUGUAUUUUAAAUAUGUUUUUAUCUAUCCAUUCAUAUGCUUAUAUAUUUUUUUUACAAUUAUUCAGCAGUAUUCUGUAGUGUUAUAAAUUGAUUUGUAAAUUGCUGAAAAGUACUUAAACAUUAUAUGUUGCAAAUAUGAA